CACACACACACACACUGUAAAACAGCAUCUCACACACACACACACACAGAAGCGUCCGCUGAAGACUGAAGUGUGCUGUUCUGGUUCAUCUCUUCAUCAUAAUCUACAAACACUAACCCUCUCUCACUCUCACACACACUAAAGCAGCAUCUCUCACACACACACACACACACACACACACAGACAGAAGCGCUCGCUGUAGACCGUUCUGGUUCCUCACUCUUCUUCUUCAGACACUAACCCUCAUCAUCCUCAUCUGUCCUGCUGAUCUGAGUCACUGAUGAACAUGUUAUCUGAGUCCUCUGUAGAUUAAGAGCUGUGGCAGAUCUAGCAGGGCGGCAGUAAUGCUGUACAGCAUAUUUAUUUCUUCUUGUGUGUAUGAAGAAAUGAUACUCCUGAAGUACACUGGGAACUGUUGUGUUGCUCGAUCGGAAACGGUGUUAGUACACGGUUUCCACCCGGUGGGGUUUGAGGGCGACACCAGUGUGCGCACGUGUGUUUGUGCUGCAGCCGUGUUCAGACUGUGAUACAAGCUGAUCUGGAGCUCCACACAUGCCGAAGAUCAGCCGGAGAGCGGCGCGGCGCAGCGGGCAGGAGGAGCGUCUGCAACGGGUCAGCUCUGCCUCCUCACCCGCGGCUCUGCGCUCCGGGUCCCCGCAGAAGAUUGAGCAGGAGGAGGAGCGUCUACAGCGGGUCAGCGCUCUCUCCAGCUCCGCGUCCCCGCAGGAGUUCUUCCAGAGCCUGAUCUGCCCGCUGGACCUGCAGGAGUUCUUCCAGCAGUUCUGGGAGCGACAACCGCUGGUGCUGCACCGCUCGGAUGCGGCUCUGGCCGGUUAUUACGGCUCUCUGUUCCCGCUGUCGGGGCUCCGGCAGCUCUGUUCCCGCGGCCUGCAGUAUGGCACCGACAUCAACACCUGCCGCUGCGUGCGCGGACAGAAGCGGCUGCUGAACCGCGCUGGAGCUGUCGACUUCCGCCUGCUGGAGAGGGACUUCCUGGAGAAGAAGGCCACCGUACAGUUCCACCAGCCGCAGAGGUUUCAGGAUGAGCUGUGGCGUAUCCAGGAGCGCCUGGAGUGUUUCUUCGGGUGUCUGGUGGGCUCUAAUGUCUACAUCACCCCCGCCGGCGCCCAGGGGCUCCCACCGCACUACGAUGAUGUGGAGGUGCUGAUCCUGCAGCUGGAGGGACAGAAGCACUGGAGACUCUAUGAGCCCACCGUCCCGCUGGCGCGCGAGUAUAGCCUGGAGCCCGAGAGCCGCAUCGGGGCCCCCACACACGACUUCAUCCUGCAGGCUGGAGAUCUGCUGUAUUUCCCCAGAGGAACCAUCCACCAGGCGGACACUCCAGCGGGAGCGGGACACUCCACACACCUGACCCUCAGCACCUACCAGAACAUGUCGUGGGGGGAUCUGCUUCUGGACCUGAUGCCCGGCUAUGUGUUUGACCGUAUGAAGACUGACUGUGAGCUGCGCUCCGGCCUGCCACGCGGCCUGCUGAUGUCCCCCAGUACCUCUCCAGUGGUCAGUCAUCAGCUCAGUGUGUUCCUGCGGCGUCUGGCGGAUGUUGUGGAUCAGCAGGGUCAGUCUCUGCGCUCCAGCUCCAUGAGGAGAGACUUCAUCUCCCACCGGCUGCCUCCGUUCCUGCAGGACCCUCAGCUGCUGCAGCCCGUGGGCGGAGCUCCAGCGCUGCAGGACACUGUGAGCCUCCGCUUUAAAGAGCAUCUGCUGCUGACGGUGGAGCCCAGUCCAGACCACACCGACGAGGCCACAGAGCUGCUGGUGUAUGUUCUGCAUUCUCUGAGGAACCGCAGGGACACACACAUGAUGAUGGGGGCAUCUGAUGAAGAUGAGGAUGAUGAAGAGUCUCAGGUCAGUGGUCUGCGUUUCCCGCUCAGUCAUCUGGAGGCUCUUCAGCAGCUGCUGGUCAGUGAUGGAGUCCCGGUGGAGGAUCUGCAGCUCCAGCAGGAGGACAAACUCAAUCUGCUGCUGGCUCUUUGGAGCGAAGGCCUGCUGCGGGUCACUGGAGACAUAAAGCGUCCCACAUUCUGCUGAGCGCCGUUACGCUGUCAGUAGUGUGUGUGUGAGGGUUUAUAUCCAUGUUUUCAGCCUUGGUUUGGUUCCUCUCCUGAUAUCCACCUGCAGGGUUUAUACUGGACUCUAAUAACUCUGAGCAUCUCUCAGUAACUGCUGGAUCUCCAUCAUCUUCAUGAACAGAGGAACCUGCUGCUGCUCUGCUCAGUGUCUCCAGAGUGUUCUGUAGUAUUUACAGCUGAUGUCCUGCAGAUUCAGCCCGUUCAGACCCCGACACACACCGGCUGUCUUCCUGUACAGUAAAGAGUGUUAUAUUAGUGUACAGCAGUGCUCAUCGUGUGUGUGUGUGUGUGAGAGAGAGAGAGAAGGCUUGAGUUCUGUUCAGCAGUGCUUCUCUUUAGGUGUGUGUGUGACAGAGAGAGAGAGAGAGAGAGUCAAAGUGUCUGCUGGAAAAUGAGUGAGAAGAGACAAACAUCUAUGAAGACCAGCCCACACACACACACACACACACACACACACACACACACCAGGCUCAGCUCAGCUCAUGAUGACACGACCUGAUGAAGCGUCCAGAGAGAAACAAAUGAAAAACCAAAUACAGGAGGAAAGUGCACAAUAAAUGAUGUUUCAUGA